AUGGGAAAUUGCUUGAGGAAAAAGAUUCAAGAGCCAGAGUCACCAGUUGCCAUUAUUCCAAGGCCUCCCACUGGGGACAUUGGGUUACAAGUUUUUCUUCCCGAGAAGAAGAUUAAUGGAACAGUUGAAGAGAGAGCUCCAACUGCUUCCCCAACUUUCUUACAAGGUCAAGAAAAGCGGAGUAUACGUGAAAGACGUAGAUUACCACUUCAAGAAAGGAAUUCAAUCGUCUGUUCAAACACAGAUAUAGGUGCAAAAAAGAUUGGUAAAAAUACUAGGCAUGGUUAUACAGCCACUCCAAGUCCAAAAAAUUGGACUUUGGAGACGCUGACUGGGAAGGAAGGAGGGUUCCGGGAUUACAAGCUUUACUGCUUUUGUUAUAGUUCCUUGAAAGCUGCCACACGCAAAUUUAGCAGUAAGAACUUAAUCGGACAAGGCGGAUUCGGAGAUGUCUACAAAGGGUAUGUCAGUUAUUGCAACAUGAACUCCGCUGCAAAACCAAGUGAAGGAUUUCCUAUUGCUAUCAAAAGGCUCAGGAAGACUGGAGCACAAGGCCAUGAACAAUGGGAGAAUGAGAGGAAAUUUAUGAGCAAAAUAAGCCAUCCGAACAUAGUGAAGCUAAUAGGGUACUGCUGCGAAGGUGAGCACAGAAUGUUGGUCUAUGAGUAUAUGAGCGGAGGAAGCUUGGAGGCCCAACUCAUGACAGAAAAUGCUACACAACUAGAUUGGAGCAGAAGAAUCAAAGUAGCACUUGGGGCUGCCAAGGCUCUGAAUUGUCUUCACACUCAUAAGACGCCUUUCAUUCAUCGCGAUCUAAAAGCUUCGAAUGUUCUGUUGGAUGAUGACUGGAAUGCUAAGCUUUCAGACUUUGGCCUUGCUAAAUAUGGACCCCGAGAUGGCCAGGACCAUGUAAUGACAAGGAUUCUUGGCACCAAAGGCUACAUUGCACCUGAAUACAUAGGGACAGGGCAUGUGACACUCAAAACCGAUGUAUACAGCUUUGGUGUGGUGCUUUUGGAGAUUUUGUCAGGCUCCUGUGCCGUGAAGAAAUACUCGGAUGGGAUGGCGGGUGAUCUAACCAAGUGGGCUGAACCAUAUCUUAGCAACAGGCAGAAGCUGCAUCAUGUGAUUGACCAGAGACUUGGAAAUAACUUCCCUGUGGAAGAAGCUCACAAGUUUGCUGAGCUCAUCCUCCGGUGCCUUGAUUCAGACCCCAAGAGCAGACCAACAAUGGCUGAAGUUGUGGGUGAUUUGGAGCAGUUACAAGAAAACAGAAGCAGCAGCAGCAGCAAUCGGGUCUCAGUCCAUGUUACUACGCUCACCCCAUGCCCUCCUUACAGAAGCAUUUUCCCUGGACGAAAUGGAUGUCAGGCAUAGUAAGCUGAUUUCCUUGAUAAUGCUAUAUCCCACAAUGUCACGCUACAACAUUGUGUACGAAAACAGAGGAAAUAGUUUUUGCUUGAAUUGCUUUUGGUCAUAUGGUAAUGGCAGGCAUUAUAUACAAGAAGUAGAAUUGGGUCAUUGAGCUGCAAGUGAUGCUCUAUUGGUAACGCUAGCUGCCAUUCUUGUAUCAUGAUAAUUUUCAUGAACAAGUUUUCAUUGGGAAAAUAAGCCGUCAUCCAAUCUCAUAAUUUCAACA